CCUUAACCGGUUUGUAUAUAUAAAGGCAGACGAAUCUCAAAUCAACUGUAAUCUGAUUGUUCACAAGUUCGCGUCUUAAAAGACUUUUAAGUAGUCGUUUUAUUUUGUUUUAGACAAAACGAGACUUUACAAAACAAACAAAAUGUUCAAAUUGUUCGCUUUAGCUUGCAUCUUGGCAGUAGCUUCGGCCGCUCCAACUUACGAUAUCCAUCACGCUCCAGCUUCGUAUUCCUAUCAAUCGUCUUUCGUUCAACAUCCAUCUCCAGUAGUCAAACACUACGUAGCUCCAGUCGUCAAAUACGAACCAAUAGUCAAAUAUGAACCAGUCGUCAAAUACGAACCAAAAUACGAACCAGUAGUCAAAUACGAACCAAUUGUCAAAUACCACGAACCAAUUGUUCCAGUUGUUCCAUUAGUUAAACAUGUCCCAGCUGUGUACACCCACCAACAUGUUUACAAAGCCCCAGAACAUCCUUUAGUAUAUGCCCCUCAUCACGUGUACUAAGCUUUUAGACGAUUGUACUAUAAUUUAAGCUGGAAUCACUUCACUAGUCGCUGAAAUUUGUGAAAGAAACAGAUUAUGUGCUCUCUUAUACUGAUUUUUUUUUUUUUAGAAAAAAUUAUUAUAAUCUUUCGGCCAUAUUAUUCAUUUAACGAUUCUCCCCUUUCCCAUUCAUUUUUUUUUAAUUUAAAAGAAAUAUACUUUUUUUUUUCUUA